AGUCAGUUUCUGCCCCUCAGCCACCCCGCCCAGAUAGUGACGGCCCCACCAUGCACCACCACCACAUGACGAUGCUCCUCCUAGCGGCGGGCCUCGCCGCGACCUGCGCACAACAGCAGGAGGCGGCGCAGCCCAGCGCGCAGCCCAGCACCUCCCCCAUCCCCAUCAUCAAGUACGAGAACGAAGGCGUCAACCCGGACGGCUCUUACAAGUGGAGCUACGAGACGGGCAACGAGAUCGUGGCCGAGGAGGAGGGCUACCUGAAGAACGCCGGCAAGGAGGGCGAGGAGGCGCAGACGGCCAAGGGGCGGUACGCGUACACGGCGCCCGACGGCACGCGCAUCGAGCUCACCUACAUCGCCGACGAGAACGGCUUCCAGCCCCAGGGCGCCCACCUGCCCACGCCGCCGCCCAUCCCGCCCGCGAUCCAGCGCGCCCUGGACUGGAUCGCCGCGCACCCCGAGCAGGACAAGGAGGGCGCCGGGUCGGCCCCAGCCCCUGCGGCGGCCCCCGCCCCCGUGCAACCUGCAACCUCUUCGCCAGCCGAGACUGCGGACCCCACGGCGGCCGCCGCCUCCUCCAGCGCUGCCACCACCGCCACACCAGCCCCUGCCAGGAGGAGGAGAUAGCCUAAGGAAACAGUACAACCCUAUAGUUUAUAUGUCUCGCGUUUGAUUUACCACAAGUUGUUUUAUGAAAUGAACUGACAAAAGUGUUUCCAUUUUUAAUUUUGUUUUUAGCAUUGGGGAAAUCCGGGAUUCGCUUGAAAUCAGAACGAAUUGGGUUUAUGAUGUUGUAAAAUCUUUUCUGUGAAGAUUUCCUUAUCGGAGUCACCAAUGUGAGAGGGGCUUUUUGGGUGAAGCACUUCCGCCGUUGGGAGGCAAAGGACAGUAUUCGAUUUAAUAGGCCUUGGAAAGAAGACGCCAGGAAGAGAGACCAUAAAGUCCCACAGCUGUUUGUUGCAGUGAAAUUACCAUUUUUCAUUAUGAAACGUAAGCGCGAAACUCGGGGUGCCGAGUUUUCGGUAAACAUAAGUUACCAUUUUGAGCUAAGUCAUGUGCGUCGGCCGGUGUGUUCUGUCGUUGUUUUUAUUGUCAGUGACAUCAAUGUUUUUUGUUAUUUUAGCAUAAGAAUGAAUAAAACGUAAUUAAAAACA